CUGACCCUGGAUACAAUCUAUCAGUAUGGCGACACACGGUCUGAUCGAAGUCGACUCCGUCGAAAUCAAAGUCAUCGUCGACAAUGAGGUCGAUCCGAUCUCUCCAGCUAACAACCCCGCGGUGCAGUAUCCCGGGUACAUGCAGGGCGUUCCUCUGGACAGCCUCCCGCCGGAGGAUCACAGGAGCGGGGCAGUGGCCGAGCUCAAGAUGGGCAACAUCUGCUGCGGCGCCCAUGGGUUGUCACUCAUGAUCACCGCCAAGAAAGGCGACAUGAGUCACACGAUGCUGUUCGACACGGGCCCAGAGGAGUCGACCUGGGAACGCAACGCCACCCGCAUCCGUGCCAACAUUGCUGCGAUAGAGCACAUCCACCUUUCUCACUGGCACCGCGACCACUCGGGCGGGAUGCUCGAGGCCAUACGCAUGAUCAACGCGUCCAAGAUAGAGCGGGGGGUCAGUACCAGGCCGCCCAAGGUUGUCGUCGAUUUGCAUCCGGACAGGCCGGACUAUCGGGGGAUGAUGACGCCAGCAGGCACUAUUGUCAGCCUUGAAGCGGAUCCCGAAUUUGACGAGAUUGAGGAGGCUGGAGGGGCGCUGUCUAAGCAGAGCGAGGUACAUCCGGUGCUUGAUGGGUUCUUCCUCGUGUCAGGCUCUAUUCCCCGUUUGACACCGUACGAGGUCGGCAUUCGAGGCGGUAUGCGCUUCAACGAAACAGACGGCCAGUGGACUUCAGAUGAGACCAUCGCGGACGAGCGAAUGGUCAUGUGUAAUCUCAAGGGCAAGGGCCUUGUCGUGUUCUCGGGAUGCAGCCACGCUGGUGUCAUCAAUGUCUCCAAGCAUGCCGUCGAGCUUGGUCAGGGCAUCCCGUUGUACGGUGUGGUUGGAGGUUUCCAUUUGUCCGAUAACCACCCCGAAAAGUUGGCGAACUCUCUUGCGGACCUCAAGAGCUUAGGUCCCAAGGUGCUCAUGCCUGGGCACUGCACUGGAUGGAAGUUCAAGUUCCUGAUUGAACAGAGCAUGCCUGGUGUCUUGGCUCCGUCAUUCUGCGGUUCUACCUAUACUUUGUCGCCGACAGAUGCUUAGAAGAAAC